GUGCAUUUUGGGAAAUGUAUGCAUUAUUCUUCCGGUUUGAAAGACUACGAUGAGGACGCCAUCAUCAACAUCACGGUGUCUACAAAUGUUUCAAUAUCAUCCCUGAGUUGCAUAUGUCUGAGGAAUGGAGCAGCGAUGACCGAGGAAGAUCCUGAUGAGUGCAAAGCCAAAUGUUGGGAGUGCGGCAAACAGUUCCAGAGCUUGAACAACUUGAUGUCCCACUACACGAGCCACAACAUCACAGCUACCUGCCACAUCUGCAAGGUUACGUUCCAACGUCUGACGUCGCUCUCCUUGCACUUGGACAACGUGCACUUGCCGCCCGUGUGCAGAAAGUGCUCUCACGUGUUUAGUAGCGUGUGGGAGCUGAACAAGCAUGCAGAGUCUUAUUGUUUAAGCUCAAAUGAGCAAAGAGCAGACUUAGACAAGUCAGACAUGCAGCCGCCAGAGAGGCCGGAGACAUCUGGACACAGCGUGGAGUACACACUGGACGCCUGGGACCUGGGAAGGCCCAUCGAGUCUGAUGAAGUUAGCACAGAUGAGUCGACGAGCACCGCAUCUGAGAAUGAGGACAAUAACAACAGUGCAGCUUUUGCCAAAACCACUGAAAGUUACCUCAACGACGCAGAAUCAGACUCUAGUUCAACCGAUUCCGACAGUGCAUCUCUCAGUAUAACCAAGCCCACCCUGCCAAGUAACGAAGUGUCUAUGUGCAAAGAUUGUGGGCGAGGGCCCUUCAGGUCCAUGAAGCUGCAUCUGCUGCACUGUAGCGGCGUGAGAGUCAAAUAUAGGUGUUCGCGCUGUAAGGCGUUCUUUCCCACCGAGUCGUCUCUUUCGGAACACUACAUCCCUCUGUGCUCCUGUGACAACUGUGGCCGCGUAUUCACUCACAGGGACUCACGCCAUCAGCAUCCUUGUCCCGGCGGAGGCAGCUCACGUUGGAUAUACUUUUGUUCCGAGUCCAUGCCCAAAGCCUGCGCCAUAUGCAAAUCUUUCUUUGUCAAUGAAAAGAGUUUACUAAACCACGUCACCAGAGUGCACACGUCAGUGGUCAGCACCAAGUUGUGCAUCAUUACCAACCCAUCGGGGUUGACUGACAAAAAGGUGGUGCCGAAUGUCCCCAGUGCGAUCACUAGUAGUUCGGAGUCCUCCCUGGUUUCAAGCAGCAACGCUGUGUGCCAGAACCCUCAUAUACUCAAGCAUGUGGUUAAUGGCAAGCUCUGUGUUGGACAGACAGACGCUUCCACGACUUCUCAUGUCGCUUCAGAACAAGGAAGUGACAUUCAACCGGACCCUGGUAUUCUGGCCGUGUUUGAGAAUCACAGCCAGGAGGUGGCUUUGACACAGCGUAUGAACAAGGGCUGGCGCUCCAAGGCGCCUCACCCCUGCAGGCAAUGCGGCACCAUCCUGAGGCAGCCCUACCUCGCCAUCAGCCACCGCUACCUCCACCGGGGCCUCCGCUCGCACCGGUGCCAGUGCGGCCGGGCCUUCAAGCACCGGCUGUACCUCCUGCGGCAUUGUGUGCAGCACGCAGAGGCCAAGAGCUACAUCUGCGUCAACUGCGGCAACACCUUCACUGGAGCCAAACACUUAGAGAAACACCUUACGGGCCAAACGUGGAAGAAGAAACACCGGACAAAGUGCAGAAUGCCGUUUGAAUGCGGCUGUGGACAACUCUUUUAUAGGCCCUCCGCUUACAUAUGGCAUCAGCUUAUAAACAAUGUGGAAAGUAGACAUUUGAAAAAAAGGGGGAAAUGACAAACGCCAGUACGAGGUGUCAUUUCAUUGCCACUGUUGUGUUUGUUCAGUAUUACUUCAGUGGCAAACGCACACAGCUUUUACUUCCAAGCAUGUUCUGGACAGUUUUUAAUCAAGUGCAAAAGAUACAACAGUAAACAGGCUUCAAAGUUCCUCACAAGUUCUGUGGACAACAUACAAGAAUACAAGAUAUGUCACCUGUUUUUGUCAGUAUUACAUUUUUAAAGCACAUCAAAGUUCCAGUUUAUCCUCUCGAGAAAGAGUUUGUACAGUUUUCUUACAAAGUGCUUAUUUUCCAAUGAGGUAUCACUGAUGUCUGUCAAUGUUUUUUUUUCCAUUGCUUGUAAGGAAAACAUAAAGUGAUGUGUAACCCUGUUCAAACAGGCGCAUCUCAACAAAUUCGAAUAUUGUGCAAAAGUUAUUUGAUUUCAAGAGUUCAUUUAAGACCAAUAGAGGUUUCUGCAUUUGCUGAGUGGUUUACAAUAUUGAGCCAUUUGACAAUUUUUCACAUUUUAUGAUACUGAUUUGUUUUAUUAGCUGUAAGUUAUAAUCAUCAACGUGAUUAAGUGUAUUCUUGAAAUAUUUGUCACACUUUUGAAUUGAA